AUGGCGUCCUCAACCAAUAUUAAGGUUGUUUGUCGGUUUCGGCCCCAAAAUGCUCUCGAACUCAGAGAGGGCGGCGAUAUCGUAGUCGCCUUCGAUGAGAAUCUUCAGACCGUGCAGAUGAAGAACUCGCAGGCCGUUUCUGGGCCAGAGAAGGAUGGAUUCACAUUCGACAGAGUUUUUCUGAUGGGCACAAAACAACACAAAGUAUUCGAUUACGGUGUUAAAGAGUGA